AUGUGCAAACACUUAAUUUUCUCACGGACAAUUGCAGAGAAACAAGGACUUGUGAUUCAAGACCUUAGGACAGAUGCAGCAAGAAAGAUUGUUGAUAGUCAAUCCUACUUCACAGAUAAUGAAAACCUUACUGUCUGUCACUUUGAUGGGAGCGUAGGAGUUACAAAUGAAUCUCCUAAGACAGACGGAUCUCUACAAACAGAUGAAUCUCCUCAGACAGACAGAUCUCCAGAGAUAAAUGAAUCUCCUAAGACAGACAGAUCUCCACAAACUAAUGAGUCUCUUGAGACAGACAGAUCUUCAGAGAUAAAUGAAUCUCCUAAGACAGACAGAUCUCCACAAACUAAUGAAUCUCCUCAGACAGACAGAUCUCCAGAGAUAAAUGAAUCUCCUAAGACAGACAGAUCUCCAGAGAUAAAUGAGUCUCCUAAGACAGACAGAUCUCCAGAGAUAAAUGAGUCUCCUAAGACAGACAGAUCUCCAGAGAUAAAUGAGUCUCCUAAGACAGACAGAUCUCCAGAGAUAAAUGAGUCUCCUAAGACAGACAGAUCUCCAGAGAUAAAUGAAUCUCCAGAGAUAAAUGAAUCUCCUAAGACAGACAGAUCUCCACAAACUAAUGAAUCUCCUCAGACAGACAGAUCUCCAGAGAUAAAUGAAUCUCCUAAGACAGACAGAUCUCCAGAGAUAAAUGAGUCUCCUAAGACAGACAGAUCUCCAGAGAUAAAUGAGUCUCCUAAGACAGACAGAUCUCCAGAGAUAAAUGAGUCUCCUAAGACAGACAGAUCUCCAGAGAUAAAUGAGUCUCCUAAGACAGACAGAUCUCCAGAGAUAAAUGAGUCUCCUAAGACAGACAGAUCUCAACAGAUAAAUGAAUCUCCUAAGACAGACAGAUCUCCACAAACUAAUGAAUCUCCUCAGACAGACAGAUCUCCAGAGAUAAAUGAAUCUCCUAAGACAGACAGAUCUCCAGAGAUAAAUGAGUCUCCUAAGACAGACAGAUCUCCAGAGAUAAAUGAGUCUCCUAAGACAGACAGAUCUCAACAGAUAAAUGAGUCUCCUAAGACAGACAGAUCUCCAGAGAUAAAUGAGUCUCCUAAGACAGACAGAUCUCCAGAGAUAAAUGAAUCGCCUAAGACAGACAGAUCUCUACAAACUAAUGAAUCUCCUCAGACAGACAGAUCUCCAGAGAUAAAUGAGUCUCUUGAGACAGACAGAUCUUCAGAGAUAAAUGAAUCUCCUAAGACAGACAGAUCUCCACAAACUAAUGAAUCUCCUCAGACAGACAGAUCUCCAGAGAUAAAUGAAUCUCCUAAGACAGACAGAUCUCCAGAGAUAAAUGAGUCUCCUAAGACAGACAGAUCUCCAGAGAUAAAUGAGUCUCCUAAGACAGACAGAUCUCCAAAGAUAAAUGAGUCUCCUAAGACAGACAGAUCUCAACAGAUAAAUGAAUCUCCUCAGACAGACAGAUCUCCAGAGAUAAAUGAAUCUCCUAAGACAGACAGAUCUCCAGAGAUAAAUGAAUCGCCUAAGACAGACAGAUCUCUACAAACUAAUGAAUCUCCUCAGACAGACAGAUCUCCAGAGAUAAAUGAGUCUCCUAAGACAGACAGAUCUCAACAGAUAAAUGAAUCUCCUCAGACAGACAGAUCUCCAGAGAUAAAUGAGUCUCCUAAGACAGACAGAUCUCAACAGAUAAAUGAAUCUCCUAAGACAGACAGAUCUCCAGAGAUAAAUGAGUCUCCUAAGACAGACAGAUCUCCAGAGAUAAAUGAGUCUCUUGAGACAGACAGAUCUUCAGAGAUAAAUGAAUCUCCUCAGACAGACAGAUCUCCACAAACUAAUGAAUCUCCUCAGACAGACAGAUCUCCAGAGAUAAAUGAAUCUCCUAAGACAGAGCGAUCUCUACAAACAGAUGAAUCUGAUAAAACAAACGGAUCUCCACAGGCAGAUGAAUCUCCUCUAAUGACAGCAGUGGAAAAAGGUCAGAAAAAGACAAUUAGACCAUGCCAGUCUGCUGUUAACAACAAUCAAAAAAUGUCAAGAGAAAACACAAGCAGCAAAACCAUGGAAAUGGGCCACAGCAAUGGAAAGGGCUUAAGUGUUGUACAUAAUAUAAAGAACAACUGGAGCAGAAUAAUAGAAGAUGGAAGCAAUGAAAACCUACCCAUGUUUAAACUCAAUCUGGAUGAAACAUGGCAGAACAGUGAUGGAUUCUGCAGAAGAAGCACAUUUGGGGACAACAUCACAAAAGGAAAUAAGACCAUUAUGAUGAUUGGAGCCACAGGUGCAGGAAAAACCACUCUAAUUAACAGCAUGAUCAACUACAUUCUGGGAGUGCAAUGGAUAAACGACUUCCGGUUUCUGCUAAUAGAUGAAGGGAAGCAGAAAUCCCAGGCUGAAAGUCAGACAUCGGAGAUCACAGCGUAUCAGAUUAAUCACAUGAAUGGUUUUCGGGUCCCAUAUUCUCUGACUAUUGUGGACACACCAGGCUUCGGCGACACCAGAGGAAUUUCACAUGACCAGAAAAUCACAAAACAGAUUCAGGAGUUCUUUUCUGCCCGAGGAGGGAUCGACUGCAUUGAUGCCGUGUGUUUUGUAGUACAGGCUUCACUUGCCCGUCUGACGCACACACAGAAAUACAUCUUUGACUCCAUUCUUUCCAUAUUUGGGAAGGAUAUUGCUGAAAACAUCCUUAUGAUGGUCACUUUUGCAGAUGGGAAAACACCUCCUGUUCUCGAGGCCAUCAAAGUCGCUGAGGUGUCCUGUUCUACCAACGAGUCUGGAGAACCACUUCACUUCAAGUUCAACAACUCUGCUGUGUUUGCUAGCAAUAAUAAAUCUGCAGAAGAUGAGGAGUCUGACUUUGAUGAAAUGUUCUGGAAGUUGGGUUUUUCCAGCAUGAGGAAAUUCUUCACAUCCCUCAACAUGAUGAACACCCAGAGCUUGUCUCUCACACAGGAGGUCUUAAAAGAGCGGCAGCAGCUAGAAGUGCAUGUGCAGGGUCUCCAGCCCCAAAUCAAUGCUGGUCUGACAAAACUGGAUGAAAUCAAGAAGACAAGAGCUGCUCUGCAGCAGCACAAGGCUGAAAUGGAUGCAAACAAGGAUUUUGAAUAUGAAUUAGAAGUAACUGUCCCAAAACAGAUUGAAAUCAAAACAGGCUACUACUUAACCAACUGCCAGAAGUGUCACUUCACAUGUCAUGAUACAUGUAUAUAUGCAGAUGACCGUGAUAAACAUAAGUGCAUAGCUAUGGAACAUGGAGUGUGUACGAUCUGUCCUGGAAAGUGUGCCUGGAAUGUGCACUUUAAUCAGAAAUAUAAAUGGGAUUAUGUCACAGAAAAAAGAAAGGAAACCUAUCAGGAUUUAAAGAAGCGAUUUGAGGAAGCACAUGGACAGGUCAUGUCAAAAGAAAAGAUCUUCGAAGAGCUUGAAAAGGAGUUUCAGGUUGUCCAGGAUAUUGUGGCCAAACUAAUCAAGGGAUCUCAAAAGUCCUUGGAGCGGCUGCAGGAAAUCGCUCUCAAGCCCAAUCCUCUGUCCACCCCUGAUUACAUUGAUCUGAUGAUUGAGUCUGAGAAACAAGAGGCCAAGCCAGGAUUUCAAGAUCGCAUUCAGUCUUUAAUGGAAGUCAGGAAGAAGGCAGAGAUCAUCAGUAAGGUUUCCACAGGAGAAGUGCUUCCAGAGGAUUGGAAUGAUUACAAACCCGAAGCAAGAAAAAACGGAGUAUCCUAUAAUCCAAGGGUCCUGUUCAAUAAUGCAGUGAAUUAUAUUAGUGAAAAAAUGAGCAGAAAAUGAAAUAUAAUACAAAGCAAUACAAUACAAUUAUUAUUUCUAUAGCACAUUUAAAACAAAUGCAUUUGAUCAAAGUGCUUUCCGGCAUCAAUACAACAACAAAAAAAUAAUUACAUACAGACAGUCAGACAAUUUAUAAUUAAAUCCUGAUCACUCUAAUCAAUUCUAAGAGCUACACUAAAAAGAUGUGAUUUCAGACAUAAAAGAAUCCACCGAUGGGGAAGAUUUAAUGUGCAUUGGAAGAGGGUUCCAUAAUCGUGGGGCAGCCACUGAGAAAGCCCUCUUCACCCUUUGAUUUUUAUCUAGUUUUUAGGAAUAUGAAGAAUCAUCUGACUCGAAGGUCUCAUAUUUCUUGUAUUUUGAUAAGGAAUCAAAAGGUCAGCAAUAUAUUUUGGGGCAUCACCAUGCAACACUUUAAAAACCAUCACAGGAACCUUAAACUCAAUUCUAAAUUUGACAUGCAACCAGUGUAAAUAAACCAAAACUGGGGUAAUUAUCUCUCUUUUAUUCACCGUGUGUGAGUCAAA